AUGGCGUUUCUGAUGGCAGGAGCUACGGCCACAGCCACAGCCACAGCCACGGCCGGGGGUCACUGCGUGGCCCUGCUGCUGCUGGCCACUCUGGGCCUGGGCCAGCCGCCACACCCCGAGCCGGGCGUCCCAGGCCUGCGGCACAGCUAUGACUGUGGAGUCAAGGGCAUGCAGCUGCUGGUGUUCCCGUCCGAAGGCCGGACCAUUCGCUUCAAGGUGGUGGAUGAAUUCGAGAACCAGUUUGAGGUGAACAACUGCUCCAUCUGCUACCACUGGGUUACAGCCAAGCCCCAGGGGCCUACAGUCUUCUCUGCUGAUUACAAAGGCUGCCACGUGCUGGAGAAGGAUGGGCACUCCCACCUGAAAGUGCUCAUAGAAGCCGUGCUGCCCGAUGGUCGUGUUGGCAUAGCACGAAAUGUCACUCUGGUCUGUCCCAAACCUGAACACACCUGGAUGACUCUGGAUGGCCAACUGGUGCCACCCAGCACAUUCUCACUUUCUACCCCACAUGCCGGUUCCCUCCGCCCCACCGCAGAGCACAGCUUUGCGCUUCCAUCCUCUGCCUCGCCAUCCCUUGGAUCUGGGCCCACACACUCCACCUGGGCUCGUCUGCAUGGAGGCACCUUGGAGCAAUGGGAGGUGGACAAGCCAGAUUACAUAGGUACUAAUCUGACCCCAGAGCGGUGUCAGGGGGACUCUGGGCACAUCCCCUGCGUAGUGAAAAGAAGUUCAAAGGAAGCCUGUCAGCAGGCUGGCUGCUGCUACGAUGACACCAGAGACGUUCCCUGUUACUAUGGCAACACAGCAACUGUCCAGUGCUUCAGAAAUGGCCACUUCGUCCUGGUGGUAUCCCAAGAAACAGCCUUGGCACACAGGAUCACACUGGCCAACGUCCACCUGGCCUACGCCUCCGCCAGCUGCUCCCCAACCCAGCGCACGGGGUCCUUUGUGGUCUUCCACUUCCCUCUCACCCGCUGUGGCACCACAGUCCAGGUGGUUGGCAAUCAGCUCAUCUAUGAGAACCAGCUGGCUUCGGCCAUCGACGUCCAAAGGGGACCACAGGGUUCCAUCACACGGGACGGCACCUUCCGGCUUCAUGUUCGCUGUAUCUUCAAUGCUAGUGACUUCCUGCCCCUCCAGGCAUCUGUCUUCCCGUCCUCUUCACCAGCCUCUGUGACUGAGCCAGGUCCCCUGCGGCUCCAGCUUCGGAUCGCCAAGGACGAGACUUUCCGCUCCUUCUACAAGGACAGGGACUACCCCAUCGUGAGGCUGCUCCUGGAGCCUGUCCCCGUGGAGGUCCGGCUCCUGCAGAGGACAGACCCCAGUCUGGUCCUGGUGCUGCACCGGUGCUGGGCCACCCCCAGCGCCAACCCCUUCCAGCAGCCCCAGUGGCCCAUCCUGUCAGAUGGGUGUCCCUUCGAGGGUGACAACUACAGGACCCAGAUGGUCGCCUUGGACAGCGCUGGGCUGCCUUUCCCGGGACACUACCAGCGCUUCACCGUGGCCACCUUCGCGUUCCUGGAUUCUGGCUCCCAGAGAGCCCUCAGAGGACCGGUCUACUUCUUCUGCAGCGCCUCGGCCUGCACCCCCACAGGGCAGGAGACCUGCUCCUCUACCUGCGGCUCUAGAGCCACGAGACAGCGGCGAUCCUCGAGCCCCCGCAGGGACAUGGCUGAGCCGCAGCACAUCGUGAGCUCUCCAGGGCCAGUGGGCUUUGUGGAUUCUUACAGGAAGGAGGCUACGCUGGGGCCCUCAGGCUCGACCAGGAACUCCAGUCCGAGGCUUCUCCUCUGGGUGGUCCUUUUGCUGGCAGCGGCUGCCCUGGUCCUAGGGAUCAGUGUCUUUGUGGGUCUGCAUCAGACCCAGGCCCAGGGGCUCCAGGAAACAGAGGGUGAACGGGCUCAAUAA